CUCAGUUUCAAUAUUGUUAUAAUUAUUCGUUUUCUUUUUUUCUUCGCGAAUAAUUUUUAAUUUUUGAAGGCAUUCGAUUUAUAAUGGAGGACGGUGUAAAUGUUUUGAAAUUAAUUUUGUUAGCGUGUUUGUUCAAUCAGAUUUAUGGUGAACAUGGGGAUAAAACUCUCCGUUGCAACAACGGACAAUUUGUCGCAGUCAGUGAUUUGUGCAACGAUAUUAAAGAUUGUACCGAUGGAAGCGAUGAACCGAGCUCAUGUAAGACGUCUUGGAACUGCGGACCCGGUCAAUUUUCCUGUAUUCCUUACUCGAAUUCAACGACAAAUGCGACAUCAACGGCGACUUGCUUAAGUGCAGAAGUUCUAUGUGAUACACGGAAAGACUGUGCAAAUAACUUCGAUGAAGAAAAUUGCGGAAAUCUCACAAAUGUGCAGGACUGCCAACUUGGUGAUGGGAAAUUUUUAUGCAGAGAUAAAUUAAGAUGUCUCAACGAAGAAAACACUUGCGAUGCUAGUUGUAAUUGUUUCGAUUGUUCUGAGGAGAACGAUAAUUGCAUCGUAAUUGAUGAUGAUGAUGAUGGGUUUCCAUUUAUGAUGACGUUGUUGAUUUUGAUUGUGUUGGCGGCUGUUCUUGGAGGAAUGUAUUUUAUUUACCAAAAAUAUUACCGUUAACACUUACCUAAGUAACAGUAAUUACGCCAUUUUUUGCGUAAGAAAUUAGAAGCGUGUUUACCGCUUUCAAUCAGUCUUAGUCGGGGGCCCUCAUAAGGAUCUAUUGUAACCCCCCUCCCAUAAAUCCUCCGGUACGACUUUUUGCUUAAAGGGGGAGUCCUAAGGAACAUUUCGAGCCCCUGUCCUGAAAAAAAGUGGCACUACUUACAAAACGACGGCCAUUUUGAUUGACAGCUAGGCCAGUCGAAACAGCACGUUUCAACAUAGGACUUACACAAAAUUUUUUAAACGGUACAAAGGUAGAUCGAAAGAGCAGGCAAACAUUCAUCACCUGUCAAGUGAAGUGCCGUUUUCGAUUUUUGGUGAAUUUUUGAAAAACAAAUUUAGGCCAAAAAUGAGAGAAAAAAUCAAAAUUACACCAAAUUGAUCUAGAAAGCUGAAAUUUGGGAUAUAGGUACCCUAUUUUCGACCUAUCAAAUCCAUUGAAAACUGUUAUUAACCGUUUUGAGCAGUUCUGGAGUCUCUAGCAGAUUUUUGGAACUCGAAAUUUCCACAAAAUUUCAUCAAAUGUUGAAGAGCCGAAAUUCAUUCCGCAAACUAAUUUCAAUACGCUAUGAAGUCAAUUGCAGAUGGAUUUUAAGUCCCAUAUAUGCGAGGAAAAGACGGAAAGUACUGUGUUACCAAUCAAGAAACUGAAGAGGUCUGGAUCAGCUACAUACAAGAACUGUAUGGAGAUGAUACACGUCCGGCUCAAAUUGCAGUUUCAUCCACAGAAGAGGCACCACGAAUUGAAAUGUGGGAGCUGAGGAAUGCUGUGAAGCGAGCCAGAAACCACAAAGCAGUGGGAGAAGAUCUCAUACCAGCAUACUUGAUCAAACAUUUAACACCAUAGUAUGAAAAUGAGCUGCUGAAGAUAAUAAACAAAAUAUACGAUGAAGGCACUCUGCCUAAGGACUUCAAAGCAGUAAAUUUUGUACCAUUACCUAAAAAGAACAACUCGCAAAAAUGCUCUGAAUAUAGAACCAUCGCACUGAUGAGCCACGCACUGAAGCUACUACUCUCCAUCAUAAAUGCCAGAAUUGAGAAGAAGAUAGAUGAAAAUCUAAGCGAAACACAAUAUGGCUUUUUGUAGCAAAAAAAAGGGACGAGAGACGCAAUUGCCCUGCUGAAAGUGAUCAUUCAAAGAGCACUGAAUGCAAAUAGGGAAAUCAUUGCUUGCUUCGUCGAUUAUGAAAAAGCAUUUGAUCGUGUCAACCAUGAGAAGAUGUUGGAGAUCCUGGAAAAAUGAGUACUUUAGAGUCAAACCCAGAAUUCUCCACUUUUCACUAUUUUGAGAAAAACGCAAAAAACUGAUGAAAGGUGGGAAUUAGUAGUAGCAGGUUUUUGAUCUCGCCUAUGUAUAGUGCUUCGGGUAACAAUUGAAUUGACAAAAAAAAAAUUUUUUCGAGUCUUUCCAUAGCAGUAAUUCACGAUACCAUUUUGGAGAAUUCUGGUUUUGACUCCAAGUCUGUAAAAAAUAUCGAAAAUACACGAAAAUGCAUGAUAAAAUGAGGGAUAAUUCUAGAUUCAAGUCCGUUGAAAGUAUCUCAAGGUUGUUUAUAGUCGACUGAAAUGAAAAAAAAAUUUUUUUUGAAGUAUUUUUUUCAAAGUUUGACUCAAACCUGGUACUUUGGACCCCCUAACCAUCAUGGUAUCGAAUGGGGUAAAAUGUUGAAUGGCAAUUGAUGCGUACCUACUAACUGUUCCCAAAACGACCAUAAUCUCAUUUUUGAAAAUUUUGGACAUUUUUCGGAGUUGGACUCGGACCCGGUACUUUGGACCCCCCCUGACUGCGUCAUUGUGUCAGAUAGGUAAAAACGGAGAAUGGCAAUCGAUGCGUACCUACUAACUGUACCCAAAACGAUCAUAACCUCAUUUUUGAAAAAUUUGGAGAAUUCUGGGUUUGACUCUAAAGUACUCAAAUACAAUAUCGAUAACAAAGACCUGCAAAUAAUCAAGAACCUGUACUGGGAGCAAAGCACUAACAUCAAGAUUGGAACUGAGUACUCGGAGAACGGAUGUGGAAUAAAGAGAGGUGCAGAUGCAGAAAAUGAUCAACCAAAUCAACAGUGCUGGAUUAAAAUAUGGAAUGAAAAUAAAUGCAGGCAAGACCAAGGUGAUGAGAUUUACGAAAGGAGAUGAUAAAGAGGUCAAAAUCAACAUCGGAUCACAAGAAAUUGAAAAUGUAAAGCAAUUCAGGUACCUUGGAGCACUGAUAAACAACGAUGGUAGAGAUCAUAAAGAAAUUAAAUCACGGAUUGGAAUGGCAAAGACCGCUUUCAACAACCUUGCCAAUGUGCUGGGAAAUCGAACAAUGAGUAUUGAUCUGAGGAAGAGAAUUAUGCGAUGCUACGUAUGGACCGUUCUGAAGUAUUCCUGCGAAACAUGGACCAUGAGUGCAGAAUGCGAGAAGAAAGUAUCCGCUUUUGAGAUGUGGUGCUAUCGAAGGUUACUACGGAUCUCAUGGAAGGACUUCAUUACCAACAAGGAAGUACAUACUAGCAAGAAUAGGAGAGGAGCGGAAAGUCGUAGUUGAAGACAUCAAAAACAGAAAGCUAAAGUAUUUAGCUCAUAAAAUAUGAGAAAACGGUAUUUUCAUGCUAGCAGUAUAGGGGAAAAUCCAAGGAAGAUCGACGAGAGGGAGGAAACGAUCGGAACUGUUAACAACAAACUCACCGGCCAACUCCCCCUGCAAGACCCUGAAAGAAACAAUUAGAUACGCUAGAUACCGGCUAAUAUAGAUGGACAUAUACGCUAUCUCCUGUAAAGGAGCGCGACUACGACGACGACGAGAGCCUGCAGCAACUUUUUGAAAAUCACUGGAGCCUCCAGUAGAUUUUCUAAACUUGAAAUUUCCCCAAAAUUUCAUCAAAAAUGGAGAUGGAAAGCCGAAAUUCAUUCUGCAAAUUAAUUUCAAUAUGCUACAAAGUCGACUGUAGGUGGAUUUCAAGUUGUUUUGAAGCCUCCAGUGACUUUUUGAAAGGUUUUAUGACGUUUUUUGAAAAAUUCAAGUUUCCAGAAAGUAGCUGGAAGCAUCAAAACCAUUUGAAACCACCAUGCAGUCGAGUUGAUAUCGUAUUGAAAUUAGUUUGCGAGGUAAAUUUCGGCUUGCCAACUUUAAUGUGAUAAAAUGAUGUGAAAAUUCAAGUUUCAAAAACCUGUGAGAGACUUCAGUAAUUUUCAAAAAGUCGCUGGAGCCUCCAAAAUGACGUGAACCCACCUGAAGUCGUCUUCAGAGGGUGUUAAAAUUGGAGUGCAGAGUAAAUUUCGGGUUUCCAUCUCCAUUUGAUGAAAUUUUGGGGAAAUUUCAAGUUUCAAAAAUCUGCUGGAGACUCUAUACCUAUAGUGAUGUUCAAGGAGUCGCUGGAGGCUCCAAAACGACUUCAAAUCCACCUACAAUUGACUUCCUAGGGUAUUGAAAUUAGUUUACGGAAUGAAUUUCGGCUUUCCAACUCCAUUUGAUAAAAUGUUAAGGAAAUUUCGAGUUCCAAAAAUCUGCUGGAGGCUCCAGAACUGCUCACAACGGUUUGAAACUGUUUCCAAUCGAUUUGACAAGUCGAAAAUAGAGUAGGUAUAUCCAAAAUUUCAGCUUUCUAGGUCCAUUUGGUAAAAUUUUGAUUUUUUCUCCCUCAUUUUUGGCCUACCUAAAUUUGAUUUUCAAAAAUUCACCAAAAAUCGAAAAACGCACUUUAGCACUUGAAAUUUUGACAGGUGAUGAAUGUUUGCCUGCUUUUUCGAUCUGCCUUUGUACGGCUUAAAAAUGUUUGUGCAAGUCCUGUGUUGGAACGCAAAAUCUGCGGUUUCGGCUGGCCUGUCAAUCAAAAUGGCCGUAAUUUUGUAAGUAGGGCCACUUUUUUUAGGACAAAGGUGAAAUGUUCCUUAGGACUACCCCUUUAAGAAAAAAGUCGUCCCGGGGGAUCAACGGGGAGAGGGGGUGCAAUAGAUCCUUAUGCGGGCCUCCUAACUACCUCGCAAUUGGUAUAUGAAGCCCCAUGCCUUUUUUUUUCAUACGGUACGCGAUCCUCUGGCACUUUUUAGUCGUUCUAGUUAGACACACGUUUACGUUAAUUCGAUAUAAUAAUGUAUUGUAUUAGCCAUGUUUUUAAAAUUACCUAGUUUUAAUUUUUCGUUUGUUCCUUUCAAUAAACGGCUAUAUUUAGCAAUGAAAA